CAACAACAUCUGUCAACAUCUCUUGUCACUUUUUGCUUCGGAGGGCCUUCGAGACGCGCGCGUGGUGUCUGACUCUUUUGAUUCCUUUUUCUAAGAAGGAAACACGAUCAAAGAACGCGGUUCAGCAAGCCAUACAUCACACGCACGGAUAUAUCUGUCCUUUUUCCCCCCUCCGCGUAUCUGACACCAACAACAACACCAACACCAACAACAUUUUCCAACCAUCUUUCUUGAGAACAAUACCACCUUCUUGCGCCGAUCCAUCACAACCCAUAAACCAAUUCACAUUUGAAAACUUCAAGUCACGAGAGUAUACAAGAGUCUAUACGGACAAAUCACCAACUUGAGCUCAUCAACAUCAAUAUCAAUAUCGAAUAUUGUUUUAACACAAUGGCCCAAACACCGACUCAACGCCGGGCGAAUGAAAAGCACGCCAAAUCCGUCGAGAAGCGUAUGGGCAAGCCCGAAACCGCGUACAAGAAGAAAGAGGUCAAAAGGUCACCUGUCGGUGUAGCUGCUGUCGUUCUACUGAUCUUCGUCGUCAUCGCCCCGUUGCUCAUCGAACAAUUGAGACUCCUCCCCCAAGUCUGGAACUUCAUUCUGGGCCUGUUGGCCAAGGUCGGCUUGGUGUCGAAAUGAUUUGAUCUUUCCCCCAAUCACUACCAGCAGAACGGACUACUUGCAACUGCAACACAAAGGUCUUUUGCCGGCUUCCACGCUACAUCUCCCGAUCUCGACAAGUCAAGCAGCAGCAACCACUCGGAAAAAACAGAAAUCUCGGACUCUUGAAGAAUGAAUUGCAUCGGCGCCACCAUCACGCAAAUGUUACACCGCCAUUUGUUCGAAACGUUCGGUUCUUGAAUCAGCCAUGCCGUGCCUGUUUGUGCGUGGCUUAGCUAAGGAUACGGAAACGGAUAGUGUACACAUCAGAGAGACUAAAUGGAUCCAAAAAAAACUGC